AUGGCCUCCAUCCUCCUCCUCCUGGCCGCAGCAGCCUCCACCGUCCUCGCCGAUGGCCAAUACCGCUCGCGUCCGGACCUCUCCCCGCCCCAGCUGAACGUCACCGUCGAGGCUCCCGACGCCAAUGGCACCGAGUACGUGUUCGUUGCGCCGUACGGAGGCUCUCUCGCGCAGCCGGGCGCCUACAUCUAUCGCAAGAACGGCGACCUGAUCUGGUCCGGCAUCGGCUACUACGCGGGCUUCGUGGGCAACUUCCACCGCACCACGUACAACGAGCAGCCCGUGCUGCAGGCCUUCCAGGGGACCAUUGAUAACACCCAUGGCGAAGGCUGGGGGUACCAGGUGCUCUUGGAUCAGAACUACCAGCACGUCGCCACGGCCAAGGCGGCCAACCACCGCGUGCCUUCCAUCCACGAGUUCAAUGUCAUUGAUGGGAAGACCGCGUUGGUGGAGGUGUACACCCCUACACCUUGGAAUCUGUCAGCGUAUGGGGGGAACGCGUCGCAGCAGUGGAUUGGGGAUGGGUAUUUCCAGGAAUUCGACAUCGCAACCGGCGACCUGAUCUUCGAAUGGAACGCGCUCGACCACAUCGAUCCAGCUGGUACGUAUCCCCAGCCUCUCUCUUCCGUCAUACCAAACACCAAACUAACCCCGACCCAAACAGAAAGCCUGAUCUCCCUCGCCUCCGCGGCGGCCGACAGCGCCCUCACCGCCUCGACAAGCUGGGACUUCAUCCACAUCAACAGCGUCGACAAAGACAGCGAGGGCAACUACCUCGUCUCGUCCCGGCACCUCUCCACCAUCUUCAAAGUCAACGGCACCGACGGCCGCAUCCUCUGGCGAUUGAGCUAUUCCAACCCCUCCACCUUCACUCUGCCCACGGGCUUCGCCUUCGGCUUCCAGCACCACGCCCGCUGGCACGCCCAGUCUGCAACCAAAGAGACCAUCUCCUUCUUCGACAACUCCAACGCCGGCACCGGACUAGUGUACAACAACGUCUCGCGCGCGCUCGUCGUGGAACUCGAUCUCCAAACCAAGACAGCGACGGUGCUGCGCGAGGCGCCCGCGCCGUACAGCAUCAGCGCGGCCUCGCAGGGCGACGCGCAGUUUCUGGACGAUGGGCGCGUCUUCGUGAACUGGGGGUCGGCGGGCGCGGUCACGGAGUUUGAUGCCGACGAUGACGUGGUGUAUCAUGCGUGGAUCGCCGGGAACGGAGCGAUGAGUUAUCGUGGGUUUUUGGGGAAUUGGACGGGGACCCCCGCGGAGGCGCCGGCCAUCGUGGCGUAUUUGGAUGACAGUGCUAAGCGGGAUGAGUUGAGGGUGUAUGUGUCCUGGAAUGGGGAUACGGAGACGGUCGGGUGGCGGUUUUAUGGGCUCAGUCUGGGGACGGGGAGGAAUGCCACGACCUCCGGGCCGGUGUUCCUGGGCCAGGUGGAGAGAAGUUCGUUCGAGACGGUUUUGAUCACGGAUCGUGUCGGGGUGGUUGGGUCCACGGGCAGGGUUUAUGCUGUGGCUGUGGGGAAGGAGGGUGGUGUUUUGGGACGGACGAGGGCGGUGCCUGUGCAGGAGUGGGUGGCCUUGGUUUGA